AUUGAAAAUAAUUUUUUCAUAACGCGGGUUAACAAAUUGAAUACAUCAGUAUUUCAGUUAGUGUUUUUGUGUAUGUUUUGCUCUAAUAAAUUUUUUUUUUUUUGAUUGUUGUCAGUGACAAAAUUUUAAUUAGAUUUUUUUUUUUGAUUUUUUAAUCAAAACUAAAAGGAAUGCAAAACUAUUAAAUGAUUAGCUAAUUUGUACUUUUUGUUUUUAAUUUAAUUAAAAAAUUGCUUGGUGAUAAUCUACUUAAUUCAAGUUCAAAGCAUAAUAAUUAUAUAUAGACGUCGAAUACUGAAUAUACAUACAUAAGUAUAACAUUUCUAAUCAUUAUUAUUUAUAAUAAUUUUGGACCCCCCAGCUAAGGUCAUCUAAGAAUUUUUAAAGUACAUGGGUACUAGUUAAUGCUAAGGAAUUGUUCUAUACAAAAAAAAAAUUUUAAAAAAUUUGCGUAUAGUUACGAAUAUACUUAAUUUUCUACACCGUGUUAAAUUUUGGAUAUUUGGAAUUGAAGAUUUGAGAAUAUAAGCGUUAAAUACAAGGCUAUUGAAUAAAAGGCAAUCGGGGGGAAAAUUUAACAAAAAAAUAUUUUUUUUUUUUAAAUUCUAUCAAAAAAAUUAUUUAAUUUUUGGAAAAAAAAACACAAUUCUAUGAUUAUUAGUGAUAAAAUAAAUUGAUAUAUAUAGAGUGAACUAAAAAUAAAUAAUUUCAAAAAAGAAUUUCAAUUAUAUAAAAAAGAGAAAUAUUUAAAUUUUAAAAAUUUAUAAAUAAUAUAAAUUAAUUAAGCAUAUAUACAUACAUACUUUUAAAAUAAUAAUAAUGAACAAACAAAAUGGAAAAAAUAAUAAUUCUAACAAUAUAUUUGGUAAUGGAUUUUCUAUAAGAAGAUUUUUAUUGGGAACAGCACCAUCUUUCAUUGAAAAUGGUAGUAGAAUAAGAAAUUUUGAUAUUGAACGUGGAACAUUUGAAAAUUUAAGACGUGAUAGAAAAUAUGAUGGAAAUAAUGAUGGUACCAACAAUUAUAAUAAUAAUGAUGAAGAAUCAUAUUCAAGAUCAAAUAGAAAGACAAGUCUUGAUAGCUCAAAAGAACCUCUAACAACUAAUACAAGCACUGGAAUAACAAUUAGUUCAAAUAAUAAUAAAAAGCAUAAUAAAAAAAUAUUAAAUAAUGAUCCAUCAUCAUCAGUAAUUUCAUCUGGAUUCAAUUUAUUAUCAACAUCAUCAUCAUCAUCGACACCAUCUUCAUCAUCAUCGUCAACGUCAUGGAAUAUUAGUAGAAAUCAACAAAAAAUGGAAAAUAAAGAAGAACAAGAAGAAGAAAUUAAGGAUAAUAAUAAAUGGUUUAUUGAAAAGAAUUUCUGUCCGAUAUGUUAUACAAUACCGGUACAACCGAAUGAAUUUAAAGAAUUAUCAUUAUGUAAACAUGAAAUAUGUCAUAGAUGUUUAGAACGUUAUGUAAAAAAUGAAAUACUUGAAUUUAGAACAACAAUUGCUUGCCCUCAAUGCUCGGAAUAUAUUCAUCCGAAAGAUAUUGAAAUGAUAUUAAGAUAUGAUAAGAAAAUAAUAAGUAAAUAUGAAGAUUAUAUGAUAAGAAGAUAUUUAUUAUCUGAUCCAGAUUCAAGAUGGUGUCCAGCACCAGAAUGUGGGUAUGCUGUUAUUGCAGCUGGUUGUGCAUCAUGCCCACGAAUACGUUGUCAAAGACCAGGUUGUGGUUUAUCAUUUUGUUAUCAUUGUAAAGCAGAAUGGCAUCCAGAUCAAACAUGUGAUGCUGCUAGAGCAACACGUCAACAAAAUCAACAACAAACAAAUCAUUAUACACAGCAAUUUAAUUUACAAAAUCCGUCCAAUCGUUUGGGUCAUCGAAAUUCUGAAUUAGAAUUAAAUUCAGAUGAUGUCAAACCAUGUCCACGAUGUCAUGUAUAUAUUGUUAAAAUGGAUGAUGGUUCAUGUAAUCAUAUGGUAUGCUCAAUAUGUAAUGCAGAAUUUUGUUGGUUAUGUAUGAAAGAAAUAAGUGAUUUGCAUUAUUUAAGUCCUUCAGGAUGUACAUUUUGGGGUAAAAAACCAUGGUCAAGAAAAAAGAAAAUUAUGUGGCAAAUAGGAACUUUAAUUGGUGCUCCAGUUGGUAUAGCAUUAGUUGCUGGUAUUGCAAUACCAGCUAUGAUUAUUGGUAUUCCCGUAUGGAUUGGAAAAAAAAUUUAUUUGAAAUGUUUUAAGGAAACUAGAUUAAAGAGAAAUUUAGCGGUUGCAACUAGUGUUUUAGCUUCAUUUGUAAUAUCUCCAGUUUUAGCAGGAUUAGCAGUUGCAGUUGGUGUACCAAUAUUAUUGUUUUAUGUUUAUGGUGUUGUACCAAUAUCCUUAUGUCGUACUGGUUGUAAUGUAACAACAUCACGUGAUGGAUUACGUUUUGAUUUUGAUAGUACAUCUAAUAAUGAUGAUGAUGGAUCACGUGAAAUAUUAAAAACAGAUAAUGAAAAAUUCCAAAAAGAAAAAUUAUUUGAUUGUACUGAUAAUAAUAUGAAUAUAGAUUCGGUAUCAAGAAGUAUCGGAGAUGUUAGCAUUAGUGUUAGUAGUGUUAGUAAUAUUGGUUCAUCAGAUUCAACAUCAAAUUGUAAUGAUAAAAAAUAUGAUCAAGAUUCAACAACUGCAUUAGCUGGUAGCAUAAAUGAUAAUGGAAGUUGUAAUGAUAAUAGUGCUAUCAAUAGUAAUAACAUUAAUAAUAAUAACAAUAAUAGUAGCUGUUCUAGUAAUAAUAUUGAUUAUGUUGAAUCAACAAAAAAUCAAAACAAUUAUAAUGAAAAUCAACAAAUUGAUAUUUGUUCAAUUGAAUCGGAUACAAAAAUAAUUAUAACCAAAAAUAGUAAUGAAAAUGAUUCAACCACAAUACAAAUUCUAUAGAUGAAUUUAAAAUUAUUAGAGACUGUGAAAUUUGAUUUUGUAAAACAAAAUGUUUUAGUUUUAACUAAAACAAUUUUUUUUUUUAUUUUAUCAAACAAAAUAAUUGAAUUUUUGAUAAAUUUUUGAAAUAUAAUAAUUUUAUUGUUUAUAUUUUAAAAAAUAAGUGUUAUUUUUAAAUUUAUAUUUGUAGUU